CGCGCGGGGCAUUUGUGUGUGCAAUUUGACUAUAAUAAUAAUGUCGUGUUAGUGCGUAUGUUGGUGAGCGGGUUCCGUGCGUGCGUACUUUAAAUCACGUGCGCGUGCGUGCGCGGUAGUGUGUGAGCGUGUGUGUGUGUGCGCGUGUGAUGCGCGUUCGUUGUACGUGUGUGUGCGUGAUAGCAUCGUUUCGUCUCGUUGCCGCUAUGAUAUUGUACCCGUGUAUCUAAGUGUGUGUAUGUGUGCGUGCGCGUGUGUGUAUAGAAGUGUGUGCGUGUGUGCGUCGCUCAAGCUUUUUGCACAGGAGCGACUGGUCGUCGUCGUCGUCGUCGUCGUCGUCGCCACUGCAGUGUAAUCCGUAUUUUUGCCCGUGUUGUUUAUACAUUUUGCGUACGCUUUUCAUGCGGCGCGCAGCCCGUUGAUUUUUCUCGUUCGCCAGCCGCGUCUCACCGACGGACUUGGUGCGCGUUAGAUACCGCGGCCGCCGUGUUUAUCAUCAUCCGGUUGUCUAGUCCGUCCGCCCUGUCGAGUGCGCCGAGAACCGCGGUCCAACGUCGCCGUAUCGGCCUACCCUAACGCGGUAGUAAACUGUAGUCAUCACACGUUCGACGUCAUUGCAGUACUGCGAAACAGGUACGGUAUUAUAAUAUUAUUAUUAUCGUUUCGUUCGCGUGUUUAUGUAACAAUAUACAAGUGCACAUACUUAUAUAUGUAAUUGUGAUAUAAUAACGUGAUAUUAUGUGCUUGUGUGUUUGUCGUAUGUUUUAAUAUUAUCGAAUAUUUAUCUUUUCUAAUGUCGCGGUCGUCGUACGUCGCCGCGGUUUACGUGCAAGUAACAAUAACAUAAUGUUUUGCAAUCAAUUUAAGGUACGCGUCGUAUCAUAUCGCUUACCAUAAUAGACCGUCACUAGAGCUAUCUCGAAGUCCGAGCCAAUACAUGUUCAGCUCGCGUAUAAUUAUGUUUGUCUUAAAUAGACAAUUCUGAUAAUAGGUAAUAAUGUUAUUGUUGUUUUUUUAUGUUCGCCCGUUUACUGAUCAACCGAGGCGAUCGUUUUUUAGUCUGUCAACGCCACACAUUAAUAUAGGGUACGUGCGCCGUCAAAGGUUAGUACCUCACCUCGUACCUUAUUAAAUCAAAAUCAAAAAGUACGCACUGCGUACGUCUAUACUUAUUUAUUUAGUAAUAAAUGUGUAUGUAAACGUUAGAUGGUUGGUCGAUUGCUGUCGCUUAUUUUAAGCGCGUUCCUCUAUGUAUGUAUGUGUGCGAGCGCGCGCUCGCGUGUGUGUAAAAAAGGAAGAAGUAGAUUACAAUACCGUUUAUUUAUGUUGUACAUUUCAUAUUUUUAUUGCAAUAAUUGAGGUGUUAUAAUAAUCUAUAUUUGAAUAGAUAUACUAUAGAGUACUUUACUCUCGCAUCAGGAUAUCAUCAUCAAUGUCAAGCUGGUUUAUAUACAAUUAACAUGUACUUGUUGUUCAAUUUGUUAGUUAGGUACCUUACCUAUUUAUUGUUUGCCAAUGAAUUCUUAUUCUGUCCACUGAAAACAUCAAAACAUUUGUUAUCAUUUUUCUUAAUAUUAUUUGAAGCGUUUUUAUUUUGCAAUUUGAUUUUAGUUAUAAUCUCACGUAAUUAUAAUUAAUACCUCAAUUUUUUUUAUUUUCAGAUUUCAAUUUGAGAUGUUCCCGUUUUGUUUGUCUCAUAAGAUAAGAAAGUUUUAUGCUACAACAAUAUACCAUUUAUAAACAAUGAAUCAUUGAAUUGAUCAUUGAUUAAGUUUCAUUACCCAUCAAAAAAAUAGUUCUAUACCUACACAUAGAAAUUUGUUUAGCUAUUACCGUUAUGUUCAUGAAUUCUGUUAGUUUAAUUAUAAGGCAACAUUAUCAUACAUAUCAACAAUACAACGGGCAACACCAUAUAAAUGUUUUAUCUUUUCAACAUUCGAUAAAAACCCAAAAGAGUUGUCUAUACACUGGACAAUUGUUGAUUCAAAUAUAAAUUUACUUUUUAUUGAAAAUAUUAUAGUUUAAAAUAUGAACUUAAUUCAAGAAAAAUUAAAUUAAUGGCAAAGUUAUUGAUACCAUAAUUAUUAUAUUGUGUUUGUGUCGUUUUUUAUAUAAUAAAUUCACGGAAAAUUGUUUUGAACUCUACGUGUAAACAAAAAAAAGUUUUCAAAUUUGCUUAUAUAGAGCAUGUCAAACUCAGCGGCUACAGCUAGCAGUGGGACUACGUCCACAGGUGCGGCCGCAACAUUUGUCGACCGCAUCGACCCUUUUACAAAGAUUGCUGUCUUAAAACGCAAGACGAAACGUUCACAGGGAUCAUCUUCUUCUUCGCGCUACCGUACAUGUUCAGAUGUUGAAUUACAACCUUUACCCCUUUUAAAGGGUGAGUAAGAUUUUAUAAUUGAAUCAUUUAUAAUAAUGUGAUAAUAUUAAUGUUAAUAUUACUUUAUUAAAUACAACAACUAGGCACAUACACAUUCAUAGUGACUUCUAAUCGAGACUGUAAAAUAAAUAUUAACUUUCCUUUUCCCUGAAAUUUUUAUUUUAAAAAUAAAGAAAUAAAAUGUGUAAGUACCUAUUAUUCUAGUAUUAGAUUAUGGAAAAUAAAUAUAUAUACAGGGUGUCACUUGAUGAUAUACCCAUUGUAAUAUCUCCGGAGUUGAUACAGAUAGUCAAAUUCUUACUUUUUAUAUUAAUUAUAAGGAUAAUGACUACAAUUAUUUAUAUUGAAAUUAAUUCUUUAUGUUUUGAUAAAAAUAACUUUAUUUUAUUAUUUUUGAAAAAUUUGAAGAUGGUAAUUUUAUAUAGCAGUGGUUUUUAAACUAUGUUCUGCGAAUUACUCACGGGGGUUCUGGGAAGGCCUGGAAAAAGUUUAUUCAAAUUUUACAACAAUUAACCAUUUAACAAUAACAAUAAUGAAGAAUGCAAAAUUAUUUUGUUAAUUAAUAAUAAUAAUAAUAAUAUAAUUAAUAAUAAAUUAUUAUUACAACUAAUCGACUGUAUACUUCUAUUCUCUAAACUUUAAAAAAUUAUUAAAGAUCACAAAUACAAUGAAAAUAAAAAGUUGAUUAGUCAACAUUUUUAGAAAAAUAUAAACUCUAAAAUGGCUAUUUUCAAAUUUUUACCAAAUUAAAAAUAUAAUUAUUUUAAAAAAAAUAGAACUUGAUUAUCUUUAUUAUCUUUAUCGUCGGAGAUAAUACAGUGAGUAUAUCUUAGUGGGACAAAAUGUGUACAAAAAGAGCUGAAAUUUCUGAUGAGUGAUAGUGGUACAUUGUAGGUAGGAAGGUAGGAUAUGGACACAACAAUAAAUCAUUGCUGAUAAAAUACAAUUCUGAGUUUUAAAAUUUGAGUCAUCUUGUCAUAAUAUACAAUCAACUUUUUACUGCUUUACAGUGUUUUUAGUAGAUAUACUUAUAGAAAUUAAAUAUGUAGUCGGGUUGUUGUACCCACUAUUUCCAAGUGGUGGUAGAUAUAAGUGCAAUAAAAGCAAUCUUUAUGCUGAAAACUUGACAAUUAAUGAAAUCUGAUUAUUUAUGUAUAAGAGUGAUAAUUGUAUUGGUAGGUUUCAAAACUAUAAAUGAGUGGCUUUUUUCUUGUAAGUAAUAUCAUAUUAUAAAAUCUAAUAAUCUAUGGUCUAUUUUAUAUAUAUAAAUUCUGGUAUAAAUAAUACCAGAAGUUAUUAUAAAUAGGUAUGUUAUACAUUAUUAAAAAUAAAGAUUUACAAGAGUUCACAUAUUUAAAUGGAAGACACAGAUUAUAUUGAGUAGAUAUGGUUUAGAGUGUAGGCAGAUAGAGUGAUAAUGCUUGGAGGAGUCAAUAAAUUAUAAACACUAUCGUAAUCUGCGGAAAGCUGUAUAUGACAAUUUGAACUUUAUAUGAUAACAAAUAAAAUUACUUAAUUACGCUCUAAAAAUUGUUUUAUAUAUAUAAUUAAGUAAACAACUUCUUCUGUGUUAAGUUUUUAAAUAUUUUGGAUUUGCCAAAAAAAUGAUAUUUGAAUAAUUCAAAAAAUAUUAUGCAAAAUACAUAAUUUUUGAUUAACAUUCAAAUUUCCAUUUACUGCUUUACAUUUACUCAAUUCUGCUUAGUUUAGGCCCAUUCAACCAUUUCCCUUAGAUCUAAGAUACUUUGCUGUUGUCAUCACUCUCACCUAGUCCUAGUUAACCUUAAAAUCAACUUCUACAAAAUUCUGUUUUGAUGUUUAAAUUAAUAAAUAAAAAUACAUUUGAAUUUAAAACUUAAAUAUUAACAAAUUACUACUUUUUUUUUUUUAUCAAAAGUACAACUUAUGACCCUAGAAUAAAUUAUUCAAGUAUUUUUUAUUAGGCAAAACAAUUUUAUGAUCUUAAGACCCAAUAAAAACUAUCAAAAUGUUUUUAAAAUUUACUACUUAUAAAAAAGUCAAUAUAAGUAUUUAAUGAAAACUUCAGGUUUUUAUAAUUUCUUUGAACUGGAUUAUAAAAAAAAUAUAUAUCUAAAAUAGUAAAAAUGUUUCAUACAUUUGUUCAUCUAUAGGGUCCCCCUCUGGUUUUCCUUAAUAAUGAUAACUGCUGAAAAAUCAAAAAAAUACUUCUCAAUGCAAAAACUAGAUUCAAAAUUUUAAAAAAAAAGCUUUUUGUCAUUUUUUGAUUGGAGUAAGUUUUUGGUAGUAAAGUUGUUAACAAACAGAUGAAAAAGAACACAUAGUAUAAAACCAAUACAUUCCUUACUGCACUCAAAAUAUAAAAAUGUAAGAUUAAAAUUAUUAAAAAACAUUUCUAAUGUCCCAUACAAUUUCAAAUAAUAUUGUUAGUAAACAUUUAAAUAGUUAUACAAAUUGUUCAUGGGUUAUUAAUUUAUAAUAAUUGAAACAAUUUUUUCCAGAUGUAUCAUCCCAAGAACAAGAAGAGUUAAUGAUUAGAAAACUCAGACAGUGUUCAGUGCCUUUUGAUUUUAUGGACCCGAUGGCUGAACUCAAGGGCAAGGAAAUCAAACGUGAUACACUCAAUGAGUUGGUUGAUUAUGUAUCAACCUCACGUGGGGUGUUAACAGAAAAUAUGUAUCCAGAAAUCAUUAAAAUGGUAUAUUUCAAUAUAACUACAUCAUUUUUACUUUAUCAUAUUAUGAUAAUUUAUUUAUUUAUCAAAAUAUUUUUCUUAAGAGAAUAUCGUUUAUAAUAUAUGAUUUAUUUAAUUGUUCAUCUUUAUGAACAUAGUUGUUUUAUUAAAUCUAAUAUAUAAUUAAACAAUUAUCAACUAUUUUCAGUGUUGUCCUUUUUUUUUUUUUUCAAAAGUUUUGUACUGUGAUUUCAUACUCUUUUUUUCUGUGAUUUUUCAUAGCAGGUAGAUCAAAUUUAUUUUGGUACCUCAAUUUAAAUAUUUUAAUUGUGAAUUACAAUUAUUGAUGUAAUUUACAAUCUGGUCCAUUGAAUAUUUUUUUUUUUUUUUAGUUAACUGCCAAUAUAAUUUAAGUAAAAAUAAUAAAAUUAUUAAUGUUUGAGAAUUAUACACAUAAUAUAAUAUUAACUAUGACAUGAUAUUGGCUAAACUGGUAUCAACUUAAAAUUCAAGGUUAAAUUAUUCCAUUUAUUAUUUUAUUGAAAAAUACAUGGGUUAUUGUAUUAAGGUUUCGUUAUUGCCAAACAAAUUUAAUUAUUUGGCUGAAGAAAAUAUCUAAUUUGCUAUUGCUGAUAUGUAUUUAAAAUGUGAUAAUUUUAGUAUAAUAUUAAUCCUUAUAUUUCCUCUAUGAUAUAAUAUUUAACUAGUUAUUUAAAAAAUAUCAAAUUUUAGUUUGUACAAAUUCUACAAAUAUUUACUAAUGACAUACAUUUUUGUUUAUUUAGAUCUCUUCAAAUUUAUUCAGAACACUGCCACCUAGUGAUAACCCUGACUUUGAUCCCGAAGAAGAUGAUCCUACCUUAGAAGCUUCAUGGCCACAUUUAACUGUAAAUAUAAAUAUUAAAUAGUAUGAAUAUGAAUCUAAAUCUUAUAUUUCAUAUUAAUCAAACAUUUUUUUUUAUCUAUUGCCUAAAUAUUUUUAAAAUAAGAUUUUUGUAAAUUAUAACUAUUUUUUCAGUUUUAACUAUUUAAAAUCAAAAAUUUAUUUCAUAUAAUCAAAUUUGUAUGUUUGGUAAUUCAGUUUUUUAUAAGAUAAACUUCAGAAUAAAUUGAUAAGUAUUAAGUGUUAUAAGGUAUUAUAACUCUAUAUAAAGGUUGAUCAAGUUCCAUUUGUCUCUAUCAAGGAAAUCGGUUAAUAUACAUUUUGUCUAUCUAGGAGAUUUAGUCUCCAGAAAUUAUUGACUAUAGAACAUUGUGUUUUUGUCCCCGGUAUUUGUGACAGAUAGUCUAUAGAUGUGGUGACAGUUAUGACUGUUAUGAAAAAGUUGCUAGUUGUUUACAUCUGUAAUUAAUUUACAUACUUAAAUUUGAUGGCUAUUUAAAAGGACCUUAAGUAUAAACUGUUAUACUGCAUAAUAUCACAAAAAUAAUGAAGCUUUUGAUAUAGAAAAAUAAUGGCCCAAGUUUAAACUUUAUAUUAUUUUAUUAUUUAUUUAGAUUUUAUUAAUGUAAAAUACUACUGUAAACCAAAUGUCUUACAGUCAAUAUUGUGGGGGAAAAUCUGUUUAUAGUGUUUUUCAGUGUAUUUUAUCUUCCAGAUAGGUCUUUGACAAAUAUAAUUAUUCUGGUGAAAUUUAUAUUGAUCGAAAGUAGAAAUAUUUUGUAUUGUGGAACAAGUUAUACUGUUCUAUUUAAUUAUGAUAAAAUUAUUAAGUUUUAUGAUAAUACAUAUUAUUUUGAUUUGUGUUGUGUUGUUAUUGUGAUUAAUUUACACUUAACUAUAUUAUGUGUUUUUAAGCUAUACAAAGUUAAAGAUAAAACUAUAAGUUAUGAAUAAUAAAGUGUAAAUACAUUCAUUGUUAAUUUUAAUAUCAUACUGAAAAAAAAACUCCAUACAUUUUUCUUUUAGCAUAAAAGCUAUUUUUAAAAUAUGUAUAGAAAAACCACCUUUGGAAACCUAUGUGAAAUUUGAUGGUGGAAUUAUUUAGCCACUUAUAUGCACCAAAAUUUGAAGGUCAACUUUUGAUAUUCUAAAUCUGUCUCUGGAAUCAUGAUCAUUCAAAAUAUCAUAUGGGUAAUACCCAUUUGUUGGAUUGUGUUCUGAAAAAAAUGUUGAAUUAGUAAAUUUGUAAAUUGGUAUUUUAAUCCCUAAUAUUUUUAUGUAGUACACUAAUUUCAUUGAUAUAUUUGUGACUUAUCCAGAAAACUAUGCUAAUAAAUUUAUUUUUAUUUUUAAUUCUGGUCAAAUAUUUUUCAAAUUAUGAAAUUUCAUUAUAUAUAUAGGGUAAUUUUUUAUUGUUAACACAUAAUCUUGGAAUGUAUUAAUUUUUAUUCAGAAUCUGUUUAGUAGAAAAUUUAAGAAACAAACUCUUCUACAAUUUUAUAUUUACAUUAUUUUUGCACCCUAAAUUUUGGUGGUGAAAUGACUUGAUUUACAAAGAAUAACCUGUAUUAAAAAUCCCAAAAUAGAUGGAAUAUUAACUAAAAUACAUUGGUGUUGAAAUUUUUAAGUUUUGUCAAUCCAUUGACAAGACAUUCGACUUUUAAGGUUGGGUGAGGGGAGUAGUUGAGCAUCACUCAAAAUAUGAUGCACCACAAAUUAUGUCUCUGUGCCACUUGUUGAAAGUUAUCAGAUAUUGCAAUGCAUCAUAAAUUGCCCUAAUUCAGUGUUGUGUUUUGGUAUUUUCAUUUUGCGGUAUUGCUGAAUAUUUAAAUGAUUUCAUCCUAAUCUAAUUGAGUUUUGAGAUGAUCUCUUUCAUGUACAAAUUGCAAAAUUUUAAAAUUGUUCCAUUGUUCUUAAGUAUUGAAUCUACAAUAGUUAGAAAAACUAAUUUCACAUAAUGAAAAAAGUGAUAAUAUUGGGAAUCAAAUAUUUGGUCAACACUUUAUAAAAGUAAUAACAGCUGACUGAAUUUGUCAGCCUGACCAAUCUACUCUUAAAGUCCUUAGAGUAAAAAUAUUAAUGCAUUUAAAAUUACAACUACAUUUAGAUAAUUAAAUUACUAAAUAAACAAAAUACAUUUUAAUUAAAUUUAACCAGAAGAUAAAUAAUGCUACUAAACUAAUAAAAUUACUAUUUAUUUAGAGAGUAAACAAUAUUGGAGGUAAAUAAUUGAAGGAUCUAAACAGGUACUCUGUAAAAUAUUGUUUGUUUAUUUUAUAUAAAUAUUAUUAGGUGGUAGUACAAAACAAUAACAUUUGAGUCUCUAUUUUCCACACUAAUUGGGAUCAUGUAUAUAAUCAAACUAUUGAACAUGCAAUUGCUUGUAUAUAAUCAGGAUAAUAUUGUGUAAUAAAAUAUUUUUUAAUAAAAAUAAAAGAUUCAUUAUGUAGGAAUGCGUUUUUCAUUAUGUAACUAAUUAAAGUAACUUACUGUUCAAUCUGUUGAUCAAGUUCAGAACUUUUGAAACAUAUAUCUUGCUUAAUUUUGAAUCCCAUAUCAAUUAUAUUAUUGACAAAGUUGUAUGUUUUGUGGGUUUUUUUAGGAGGAGAGGACACUCGUCAAAUUUUAGUUAACCAGUUGUACCCAUAUGUUUUAUAAUGUAUUAGUCCACACAGUUCUUAAGUGUGUUGGUAACUGUUGUUUGGUAUAUAUAGCAAAUGAUCAGGCCCAUACCUACUACUUAAGGCCUAUUUAGAUUUCUCUAAACAUGUUUUGCUUGUUGAGGGGUGUAAGCAAUUUAGUUAUGGUUUUAUUCAAUAAUUGAUUGAGAGUCAAGUUAUAACACUGUGACUACUUGAGUAGUUAAAUUUUAAAAUUUCUAACUAAGUUAACAAGUAAGAUAAAUUGAUAAUUUAAAUGUUAACAUUUUUCAAAUUUUUAGGUGUAUAAAUUGUUAUUUUCUUUUAAAUUUUGAACUGAUGAAAAUACAUUUUUAUUUUUUGAGUUAGACUAAGUACAUAAAAUAUAAAUUGGGUGUCCCUCAAUGUAGGUUAAUAAUUGACCAAAAAAAAAUUAAAAAAUACCAGUUAAAUUUUUUUAUCAAGUUUAAUUUUUUGUAAGUACAAUAUGUUAAAUUACUUUAAUGGUAUUAAUCAUUCAGUGAUCCAUAAAACAGUAAGUUCUUACCAUUUUGAUUGUUUUUUUAAUUUUAUUUUGUUUCUGGACAAAAAAAUACAAACUGAUAAGAGUGGUGCUUACUAUAGUUUUCAAGUGCACCACAUCACUAUUUAUACACUAUUUACUUAAAUACUUGAACUUUAGCAUUGAAAAUAAAAACACUAAUUUUUUUAUUAAUUAGAUACUAAAUAACUGUAAUAAUUGUAAUUUUUGAUUUACAGCUUGUUUAUGAAUUAUUUUUACGUUUUUUGGAAUCGCCAGAUUUUCAACCUGCUAUUGGGAAAAAAGUUAUUGAUCAGAAGUUUGUGUUGCAGGUAAAAACAACUUAUUUAAUUAUUGUGAUAUAAUUAAAUUUGUAUUUCAGUAAUAUAAAAUUUUAUAGUUAUAUUUAAUAAUGGGAAUAUUAAAAAAAAAAAAAAAUUAUAAUAUUUUAACCUUAAUCGUGGUUUAUUUUCCUUUUUAGCUUCUAGAAUUAUUUGAUACAGAGGAUCCCCGUGAGAGGGAUUUUCUCAAGACUGUACUACAUCGCAUUUAUGGAAAAUUCCUGGGUCUGCGUGCUUUUAUUCGCAAGCAAAUCAACAAUAUAUUUUUAAGGUUAAUAUAAUAGCAUUUUUAUCUUUAACUGUCUUAAUUUAGUAUUGGGUUAUUUUUUUUAGGUUCAUUUAUGAAACUGAACAUUUUAAUGGUGUUGGUGAACUCUUGGAAAUUUUAGGAAGGUUGUAUAAAUAUAUUUAAUUUUUUAAUUUGCUAUAAAUAUAUAUGUUGGUAAAUUUCUGAACAAAUGUUUUUAUUUAAGCAUUAUAAAUGGAUUUGCACUCCCUUUGAAGAAUGAACAUAAACAGUUUCUGGUCAAAGUGCUCAUACCUUUGCACAAAGUCAAAUGUUUAAGUCUGUAUCAUGCACAAUUAGCAUAUUGUGUUGUUCAGUUCAUUGAAAAAGACAGCACUUUAACAGAGUCUGUUAUUCGUGGGCUACUUAAGUAUUGGCCAAAAACUUGUAGUCUCAAAGAGGUAAAUUAAUAGUUUGAAUAAUAUAUUUGCUUUUAACUUUUAUAAUAUAUUUAUGUUUUACAGGUCAUGUUCCUUGGGGAAAUGGAAGAAAUCCUUGAUGUGGUUGAACCAUUACAAUUUCAAAAAAUUGAAUCUCCCCUUUUCAGACAGAUCGCUCGCUGUGUAUCCAGCUCUCAUUUUCAAGUACUUCUGUUCUUCAAGUUUAUUUUAUUACACUAGUAUUUAGGUUUUUUUUAUUAUUAUUAUUUAUUGAUAACCUUUAUUAGUUUAAUCAUGCAGUGGAUUUAUUUUUGGUCAAAAAUGUUUGGGGCAGUUAAUGUGAACAAAAAUUCCAUGCAGAAACUUUAUAGAUGGAAUAAACAAUUAUAGGGGCACAACAGUAGUUGUGUAUUAUAUUUUGUGCUUUAUUGUCACUUAAUUUAAGUUUUAUUAAUGUUUUUAGUUGAAAAGGACAUCACACUGACAUCUAUUGUCAUCUAGUUAAAGAUAAGAAGAUAAAAUGUAUCUUGGUGUUGAUUUUUUUUCAAUAUUUUUAUUUUUAAAGGAGAUAUGAGUAUGUGAAAUAUCACAAAUUAAAAAUAAUUUUAUCAUGUUUAAAAUUAGAAUAUUGAAAAAAAUAUCAACGUUAGGGUACAUAUAGGCUGUCCUAUGAAUAUAUACCCCUUGAAUAUCCCUGGAAAUAAUAAAGAUAAUUACUUUCAAGGAUGAAGACUACAAAUAUUUAUAUUUGAUUAUUUUUUUUUUUAUUAUUAAAAAAAUAACUUAUAUUUUUGGGAAAUAAUUAAAUGAAGUUAAAAAUAAAAAAAAUUUAACAUAAAUAUUUGUAGUGUAAGUAAUAAAAAAAAGAAAAGGAAUUUGAUUAUCUUCAUUAUUUCUUGAGAUUCAAGGGGUAUAUAUAUUUUGUGGGUCAGCCUGUAUAAUCUUCUUACCUUUAUGUUGGGUAAUAAAUUAGUUUGCUUUAAAAUCAAAAUUAACUGCACAGCAUUUGUCCUACAAACCAAAAUUUGCUAUUUCCUGCCUUUGUAAGACUGAGACAAUUAAUGUGGGUGUAGAGGUUUCUUAUUAUUAUUAUGGGAUAGUGUUUAUUCCUUCAGAGAAUAUUUCCAUUUUUUUUUAUUACUUUUCAGGUGGCUGAAAGAGCAUUAUAUUUUUGGAACAAUGAAUAUAUUAUGAGUCUUAUCGAAGAAAAUAAUCAGACAAUAAUGCCUAUUAUGUUUCCUGCUCUAUACCGGAUCAGUAAGGAACAUUGGAACCAAACUAUUGUUGCUUUGGUUUAUAAUGUACUGAAAACUUUCAUGGAAAUGAACAGUCAAUUAUUUGAUGAAUUAACAGCAAGUUAUAAAUCUGAAAGACAAAAGUAAAUACCUAGCAAUGUGUUACUAUUUUAUACUUCUGAGUAAUCAACUAUUGUAUUUUAUUAUUUUUUAGGGAGAAAAAAAGGCAAACAGAAAGGGAAGAAUUAUGGGAACGGUUGGAAAAACUUCAAGCUACUUAUCUUCGUACCAAGCCAGUGACAGGAUCAUUGAUUUUAGUAGACAAUAAUAAUAAGUCUAGUAGUAAAAGUAGUAUAGAUUCUGUACCAAUUACAGCCCAACAACAGUAAUAUAUGUGGUAAUCAUUAUUUGUCAUUUGUGUGCAUGUUAUAUAUAAAAAUACAUAAUAUAUACACAUACACACAUUUAUAUAUAUAUAUAAAUUAGUUAUACUGAAAUAAAGAUUGAAAUAUUAUAAUUUAGAACUGCAGCAGUUAAGAAUAAUAAUAAUAUUUAUAAUAAGAUUAACAAACAGUGUUAUUAUUGGUGCGCACAUGCUGCUGUAGUUGUAAGUAUGUGUAUAUUUUAUUUACAAUUUAUUUAUUUGUUAUUAUGUGAAUAUUAUGUAUUCAUUAAAAUUGUGUAAAAAAAAGUUAUCAUUUGUUAAAACAAAUUAAUAGCAAUAGUGUUAUUUAUUCAAAUGUUCUGUGAAUAUUUAUUAAUUUGUAUGAGGACUUGAUGAAAAACAUUUUCUAUUUGUAUAAAUGUGCUAGUUAAUUUAUUUACAUGCACUAGAAUAUAUGAAAUGUAUACUAUGUGAUUUAAUCAAUUUAUUCAAAAGUAUGAUGUAAUCAUGGCUAUUACUUUAUUAUUCGAUAUUAAACAAUAAUUUUACUAUAACCAAUAUAUUGUAAACACACAUUACAAAUGCAAAUUGUAUUAUUGAAAUUUAUGUUAGAUUUAAAACAAUAUUCUAAAAUGUAAAUUACAUUAGAUUUAACCUCUUCACUAUGUAAGCAUGUGCGUAUGUAAAUAAUAUUAGGUUUAUUAAAAAUUAAAGUUGUUAUUUUCUAAUAAUUAUAUACCUAUAAAUAUAUACAUGAUAUAUUUAUAUGUAUUUAUAAUUUAUUAUAUAAGUCCCAACUGUUAAGUAGUAGUUGUAGUAGGUAGUAGUAUAAAUAUCAAGGACGUUUAUUAUAUGAUAACAUUAGAAAUAUAACAUAAUAUGAAAUAUUUAAAGAUGUACAAAGAUACUUAAUAGUUAUUGCACACAUUGAAUUGUAAAUAAUCUAAAUUAUAAAAUCACAGCAGUGUAGUUUUAUUAAAAAAGUAUUCUCUGAUGUCUUAUUGUAUGUCUGCAAUUUGUUCUAUUACUAAAUUUUUUUUUCAUUGUGAGUUGUUUUGAAAUAAAAUAAUUGUUUAACCAAUACCCCAGUUUAGUGUUUAUGCCUAAAUAUUAUAUGCCUUGUAUUUACUUCUAGUUUACUAAUACUAGUACUAUGUUACUACAACUACUACAACUGUACUAUUACUACUACUAACACUACUACCUACUACUAACACUACUACUAUUACAACUACUAUUAUACCAUUAUUAUUAAUUAUUAUAAAUAUACAUAUACAAAAUAAAUGAAUGUUUAAUUUUUUGUGCGCAAUAGUCUAUAUAGUUCGUAAAUUAAUAUUAUAACGAAAUUAUUUAUUGUUGUUUAAGUGGGCAUGCUCGUUAUAAUAUAAUAUUAAGUGUACAAAACUGAUUAUUUAAAUUUUAAAAGACAAUGAAAACUCAUACUAUAGAUAGAUAACACACAUUUAUACAUACACAUAUUGUGUUUGUGGAUUUGUUAAAAUAAAAAAAACAUUUAACUAUUUAAUAUAGUUACAUAUUAUAUAAACACAAGGAAAAUGCACACAAUUAUUCUAUAUUAUUUUA